AUGACCGAUUUAGAACGACAUCGGCCGAUGUUAGAGAUUUUUUGGCGGGAAAAUGCAAUUUGGGAGCAGAAAGAGAAUAGUGCGUUCUAUGAACUCAAGGACCUUUUACUAAAUUAUUUGGAGAAACUUGGAUUCAUCGCUAAACCACAGCAGCUUCCCGAUGUUACUGAUGACACAGAUUACUACUUUGCACCGUGUGUCCUGAAACAUCCACCACCAGAUGACUUGUUAAUACAACAAGACAACACGGACAACAGGUCCACCAGUAAACUGUGUUUGACAACCGAAUUAAGAUUUCUACCCACAGCUGUCUUCAACAAACUCCUAGCCGCUUGUAUCAACAAAUGGCCACUGUCCAAAUCAAAUUCAAAACAUUUAAUUUUCUGCGGGUGUGCGGUCUUUGAUCUCGAAGGAAAUCAUACACUUUAUUUGUACUUUUUCGAUCAUGUAAUUCAGAUUUGGAUUACAAAAUUUAGCACCCAGAACGAAGAGCCAUCCAAACGUUUAUGUUCCCAAGUUUACGCAUUUGUCUUAGACACUCUCGCCAACAGCUUGCACCUUUCGGAUCAUCUCAAGGUGUUCUUCAAAUGCCGGUCUUCUCAGCAUAAUUCAAAUGAAGACAUGUUUUCAGAAGAUGAACUUUCUGAAGAUAAAGAAGUUGUAUGUAACUGCAGGACAAAAAAGCACGUGUUACAAACUAAUGAGCUAACCAGUUACUGGCAUUGUACAGAGGAAGAUCCUUCUGAAGAAAUGUUAACAGAUAAAGACAUCCAUCGCAUUGCUCAAAACAUUGGUAAAGAAUACGAGACGCUCGCGUUAGAACUUGGUUUAUCCCAAGCCGAGAUGGAUCACAUUAGCCUUGAUUCCAACACUGCCAUAGACAGAAUAAGACGUAUGCUUCUUCGAUGGAGAGAUAAGAUGAAAGGGGAAGCUACUCUGGACACUUUAACAGAAGCUAUGAAAGCUGUUGGAAUUGACUCUAGUACAGUUUAAGAAAGUGCAAAAAGUACAAUGUAGAUGUAGCAGGAUGAGAAAAAUGUGCAGCCUGGCCGGGCCUUAAACCCGGGAUCCUUGAAAUGCCGUUCCGCGGCUCUACCGACUGAUUACACAUCUUUUCCCCUAAAUAGUGAACAGUCCUUAACCGUGACAUAGAUACCAAAAUGGAAAAGGUUUAAAAUGAAUGAAAUGCUUUUCUAGUUGCAAAAGUAGAAUUUAUCCGAAUAUUAUUUGCAUUUGUGAUUGAUUAAAGGUGUGCGGGACAAAAUAUAUAUAUUGUGCUUCAAAAUUAUGUUUUAAAACCGUUUUGUAGUCCAGUGUUCCUUGGUAUGCAUUCUAAAACCGAUUACUUUCCUUCCUGAUUUGUUUAACAGUAAAUCCAAAUUCUUAGAAGAAAUCAAAGAUCCUGGAUAAUAUGGUCAGUUAAUCGGUUUUUGCAUAUACUCGCUGUAUGUAAAUGCUUGAUUUUGGAUACGGUUGAAACAUACUAUCAUAUUGUCAAUUGUGUUCGUUCUAAAUCUACAAUAAUCUAAUAACUGAUACGGUCAGAGACACAUAUCAGUAUUGAUUUUCCCAUAGACUUUCAUUAUGAGAAAUGGUCCCUAAUCCUAGCUUAAAAUUAAGUUUUCAAGUUAAAGAGGUGAUUUUUCUUUGAGAAUGAAACGCCUAACACAUAAAAACGAUCUUCUGAUAUAGGGGUAGCCAACCAAAUAUUUUGCAAAAUGACUUCAAAGAGGAUUAUCCGCUUUUCAUUGAAAUUUUCUGCUGAUCACAGGACUGACACACA